UCCUGUGCGCAGUGCUCCGGACCGACCGCUCCUUCCUCAUUUCCUCCCCACAGCUGGCUCUCUCCUGUUCGGAUGCUGGCUGCCUUUUCAUUUCCACGCGGCACAGGACAAAUACUUUGGGAGGGUGGAAUGACUACCUACCUGUUUUGCAUGGUCUGAUUUUUUUUUUUUCCUUUUUUUUUUUUUUUUUUUUUUUUUUUUUUUUUUUUUUUUUUUUUGGAGGUGUGUGGGGGGAGAUUCACACGUCGGAAAAGGAGGGGAGUCCAGAGGAAGAAAAGAGGCUCUCCAUCCCCCGAGGGAAUUUAUUUUACAGAGGUAUGCCAGUGCCUGAGGUGGCGUCUGACACUGCCAGCGCUGCCACCAUGUUGAGCCCCGUCCUCAACGCCUCCAACGGAGAUGGCUCCGAGUCUGAAACCACCUCUGCCAUCCUCGCCUCCGUCAAGGAACAGGAGUUGCAGUUCGAGCGUCUGACCAGGGAGCUGGAAGCCGAACGACAGAUUGUUGCCAGUCAGCUGGAGAGAUGCAAGCUUGGCUCUGAGACUGGAAGCAUGACUAGCAUCAGUUCCGCAGAUGAGAAAUUUCGCUGGAACAAUCAAGAUGGACAGAAGGACAUAGAGGAGGAGCUGACGACCGGCCUGGAGCUGGUCGACUCCUGCAUCCGAUCCCUCCAAGAAUCUGGAAUCUUGGACUCCCAGGACACUUCAACAGGAGACAGACAAGGUCUUCUGUCCCAAAGCGCCCUGCAGCUCAACAGCCAGGAUGCCUAUGCAGCCGCCGGUUACCAUAGUAACCAAGGCCUGGCACUGGGUGAAUCCAUCACCGGUCGCGGCGGGCAGGUCGGAGGAGCCGUUCACAGUUACAACCAGGUGACAUCCAGCCGUGCAGCUGCACAGUUAGCUGGGACAGACUCCCCCUCUCAGUCCCAGAGAGACUCAUUUGCCCAACAGGCCCACGGCAGCGCCUUCCACAUGCCCACUGAGGCGGGCUCCGCUCCUGCUGGACCACCCAUGUAUUACUCCUGUGCCACUUUGCCUGCACAGCGUGUGAGCUCCCCUCUGCAGGCGGUGGGAUCUCCUACGAAGCUGCAGCGUCUGGGAUCGGCGUCUUCGGACAUGCCCAGUUACGCCACGCUACAGAGGGUGUCCUCCCCGAAACAGUCGCCCAGCCGACUCGCCAAAUCCUACAGCACUUCGUCGCCGAUCAAUAUGGUCGCAUCGGGCGGUGCUGGCUCCUCCUCCCCCCUCCCCAUGGCGGCGUCCCCAGGAGGAAACCACACCUCGUCGCCCAUCCACCAGCUCAGCUCGGUGGUGGGCAGCUACGCCACCCUGUCUCCGACCAAACGCAUGCUGCAUCACAUCGGCGCAGACUCCUACAAGAUCUCCCACGAGCUCUACGCGAACGCAACCCUGCAAAGGCCUGGUAGCCUGGCAGGCAGAGGCUCCAGAGGCUCCUACAGCAGCCAACACAGUCACCUGGGCUCCGAACUACGACCCCUGCAAUCCCCUGAGCACCACAUCGACCCCAUCUAUGAAGACAGAGUCUACACCAAAUCCAGCCUUAGAGGACAAGCCCCGCCCUCCCCCGGUGUCGACCCAAUCCCCUUGCAGCGAACGGGUAGCCAGAGCGCCACCGCCACCUUCCAGAGAGGCAGCUUCGCCACGGGAGGCGGGGCCGCCGACUACGCCAACCCCUACCGCACUCUGCAGUUCUGCCCGUCCACGGAGUCGCCGUACAGCAAAUCAGGCCCCGCCCUCCCACCUGAGGCCGCCCUUGGCCGGUCCCCAUCGGUGGACAGCAUCCAGAAGGACCCAAGGUACGACCCCGAAUUCCUUGUGUGGAAUCAAAAUCAAGCCGAGCAAAGAAUGACAAAGGAGUUCGGCUGGAGGGACCCGGAGCUGCCAGAGGUGAUCCAGAUGUUGCAGCAUCAGUUCCCAUCGGUCCAGUCCAACGCUGCAGCCUACCUCCAGCACCUCUGCUUUGGAGACAACAAGAUCAAAUCUGAGAUUCGACGGCAGGGUGGGAUCCAGCUUCUGGUGGACCUGUUGGACCACAGGAUGACUGACGUUCACCGCAGCGCCUGCGGAGCCCUGAGGAACCUGGUGUACGGGAAAGCCAACGACGACAACAAGAUCGCACUGAAGAACUGCGGAGGCAUCCCAGCCCUGGUCCGACUGCUCAGGAAGACCACCGACGUGGAGAUCAGAGAGCUGCUGACAGGCGUUUUGUGGAACCUGUCGUCAUGCGACGCCCUGAAGAUGCCCAUCAUCCAGGACGCCCUGGCCGUCCUGACCAACGCUGUGAUCAUUCCCCAUUCGGGCUGGGACACCUCCCCCCACACACAGGAGGACCGCAAGCUGCACCUCCACUCCUCGCAGGUCCUCCGGAACGCCACCGGCUGCCUCCGGAAUGUGAGCUCUGCAGGUGAGGAGGCCCGGAGGAGGAUGAGGGAAUGCGAAGGCCUGACGGACGCUCUGCUCUACGUCAUCCAGACGGCUCUAGGGAGCAGCGAGAUUGACAGCAAGACCGUGGAAAACUGCGUGUGCAUCCUGAGGAAUCUGUCGUACCGUCUGGCUGCAGAGACGUCCCACAGUCAGCAGGGGGGGUCGGAGGAGCUGGACGGCCUCUUAUGUGACACGGGCGGAAAGGAUGGCGAGAGUUCUGGAUGCUGGGGCAAGAAGAAGAAGAAAAAGAAGGGGCACGACCAGUGGGACGGCGUCGGCCCGUUUCCAGACUUGGCAGAGCCCCCGAAAGGCAUCCAGAUGUUAUGGCAUCCCACCAUCGUCAAGCCCUACCUCACCCUGCUGUCGGAGUGUUCCAACCCUGACACUCUGGAGGGAGCAGCUGGGGCCCUGCAGAACCUGGCCGCCGGCAGCUGGAAGUGGUCGGUGUACAUCCGGGCUGCGGUGCGUAAGGAGAAAGGCCUCCCCAUCCUGGUGGAGUUACUGAGGAUAGACAACGACCGGGUGGUUUGUGCCGUCGCCACCGCGCUCAGAAACAUGGCUCUGGACAUCAGGAACAAGGAGCUCAUUGGUAAAUACGCCAUGAGGGACCUGGUGCACCGCUUACCCGGAGGAAGCAACAACAACAACAGCACCAGUGGCAGCGGAGGAGGGGGAGGCGGAGGAGGCCCCAACAGCAGCAGCCUGGUUGGGAAGACCAUGUCCGACGACACCAUCACAGCGAUCUGCUGCGCUCUGCAUGAGGUCAUCACCAAGAACAUGGAGAACACCAAGGCCCUGAGGGACGCCGGUGGCAUCGAGAAGCUCAUCGGCAUCGCCCGCAGCAAAGGAGACAAGGUGCCACGACAUAGUCCUAAAGUGGUGAAAGCGGCGUCUCAAGUCCUGAACAGCAUGUGGCAGUACCGAGACCUCCGCAGCCUCUACAAAAAGGAUGGUUAUUCCCAGUACCAUUUUGUCGGUUCGUCCUCCACGAUAGAGAGAGACAGGCAGCGACCUUACUCGUCUUCUCGUACUCCGUCCAUCUCCCCCGUACGGACCUCACCCAACAAUCGAUCAGCGAGCGCUCCCGCUUCCCCCAGAGAGAUGAUGGCGUUGAAGGAGCGGAAGGCGGACUACGAGUCAACCGGCAAUGCCAGUUACCAUAGCAACAAGGGCGAGCACACAUCCCGGAAGGACGCCAUGACGGGUCAAAUCUCCGGUGGCUCUUCAACACUACACCGAGGAGCGUACGUGUCCCCGACAGACGACCUGAAGUAUAACCAGGUGUCUUCCCAAGGCUUACCUUCAGAACCCUACCCUCCUUUCCAGAACCCUCCGCCACCCGACAGCGUCAACUACGAGGAUCAGGCCUUUUACGAGAACCAGGUCCACGCGGGAGGGCGCCCCCCGCAGGCCGACCUCAACAUGCACCUGCAGGGCCUCAAAUCCACCGGCAACUACGUGGACUUCUACUCAGCCUCGCGGCCCUACAGCGAGUUAAACUACGAGACCAGCCACUACCCGGCCUCACCGGACUCCUGGGUCUAAGAGGGGGAUGAAGGAGGAGGAGGAGGAGGAGGAGAGGAUGGAAUGGAGGAAGGAUCAUGGGAUUGUGGAAAAGGUGGAUGAGAGAAGAUGAAGGGACACUAUUUCUCUCCCUCUCCAUCCUCCCUUGUAGCUCCUGAGUAGCAUCGUAGGUAGCAGGACAGAAGGACAGAGGAGAGGGAGGACGGACGGACGGAAGCGCAACAUCUGAACCUUCAGGAGGACGAAGACGGGAGGAGCAGCCACGCAUGUGCAUGCACACCACCAACGAAAACCUGACAGACACAUUUCCUUUUUGUGUUUAGUUCGUGAUCAACAGCUGCUGCGGGAUUUUCGACGUGAACGAAGAAGACGCUCCUGCACCGAGAGAGAGAGAGAGACACAGAGAGAGAGAGAGAGAGAGAGAGAGAGAGAUGGAAACCGAGACGCAGAAGGACAAUGAAAGACGGACACGGAUCAGCAAAGAGAAGGUUUAGUUUAAUGGAUUGGAAAGUGUGGGAGAUGUCCCCGGGAGAAACCUGUAAAUAUGUGGUAUACUGUAGUAAACAUGGCUUUUAGUAACGUGAAGCACAAGAAACCGAGCUGUAGGACACGUAGGACGUCUGUCUCACAAACUUUUCUUUCUCUCUUUGGCUUCAGCGUGACGUAUCCUCCUCUGGGCAAAGAAACGCUUGUGGACUUUGUCAUUUGUAACAGGUUUUCCCUUUUUUUUUUUUUUUUUUUUUGUGUCUUUUUUCUUCUUUUUUUGUGUUUCUACUUUUUUAAUUCUGGUUGUAUAGUAUUUGACGUACACUGUACAUUAACGGACAUGCGUUGUCUACUGUACGUUGCACUAUUUUACUGUGUCAUGUCAAGGCCUUCGCCGUCGCUCAGCCACACUUCUUUCACUAAACUAGCUCACGCCAGAUCUGCAACUCAGACCUUCAGAAUCUCAUAUCGCAAGCCACAGACAGAUUCCGACACGUUGCUAAUGCGAAAAACAGUGGACUUAGCGUCAAUUUUCGGUAGGUCAAGGUGCUCCUUUUACUGCCCUACACACAUAGACGGUCCAGCUGCCAUGAACGACCGAACAGAAGCUCGAACAGUUUUGCGGAGUAGCAGCAGCAGCAGCGUCAGCUAAGCCUUUCUUGUAACUUUUUUUUGAGGCGAUAGCUUUGUUUUUUUUCGGUCUUUCCACAUUAACGCCACAAAACCCCCCCUCCUUUUGUUUCCACGAGCCCUUCCUUGGAGUGAACUGUGCUCUUGUGUAAAUAACUGUGCCAAAAAAAAAAAAAAAGGGUCCCUUCCCCCUCAGCCUGAAG